AUGGGUUUUCGCAUUGGAGCGACAAUGGAGAAUCUCCCAGACGUUCUUUUAUCAAACAUAUUCAUCCGGUUACUCGCGAAACAGCUUGCCCAGAUGAGGUGCGUUUCCAAAUCAUGGAAUGCACUUUUAUCUGAAUCCUCUUUCAUAAAAUCCCACCUUGAUCGUUCAAUUAAAAACAUCAACACCGAUGGAAUUCUCUUGCUCUUCUAUCGCUUAUUUUCUUUUGGCUCCAAAUCAUUCACGGCAUAUCCCUCUCAAUCUCCCCAUUCGGAACUCACUGAUUUCAUCAAACUCCCAAUUAACCAUCAAUCUGAAAAUAGUCGUGGCAAAGUCAUUGGAUCUGUUAAUGGCUUGAUUUGCUUUAAAUACGGAUCAAAUCAUGAUUUCGGAAGUAUUCAUGAUUCUGAAAUCAUUUACGGAUCAAAUCAUGAUCCUGAAGUCGUUUGCAUCUGGAACCCUUCCCUCUCGUCCUUGUUAACUCUCCCACCAUAUUAUACACCCCCCUAUUCAAUCCAACAUUCUUUUCGGUUUGGAUUUGAUCCAAAAACAGAUGAUUACAAAGUUGUUAAGUUUACACGACCCAUGGAGAAACAAGGAAUCAUGAUUUCCCUUGAAGAGUGGUUACCAAUUGAGGUUUAUAGCAUGAGAAAAGGUUCAUGGAAGUCAAUCACUCAAAGGCUUCCAUCGUAUCUCACAGAUAUUUUUUCUUGUGAUACCCUUUGGGUAGAUGGACAUGAAGGGCAUCUUCAUUGGAUUACUGAAAUUGAUCACAUGCGGAAUAAUAUACUUACUGUAUUCACAUUUGAUUUGAGUUCAGAGACAUUCUGGGAGAUGCCAUUUCCGAAAUACGUAACAGAUUUAAUGGGUUAUGAUAAUGCAAAUGAGGUAUCGGUUGAGUUAGGAGUUUUGGGUGGAAAGCUUUGUGUGAUGUCAGGGGCCCUACCGGAUUAUGAAUGGGAGGUGUGGGUGAUGGAUGAGUAUGGGGUGGGUGACUCAUGGGUGAAACAUCAUGUUUUUCCCCCAUUUAGUGGUAAUAAUGUAAUUGGAUAUGGAUUCACAUUACAGAAUGAGUUUUUUAUUAAUGUUAGAGGGCGUGGUUUUGCUUUGUAUGAUCCGGUUGAAGAGAAGACUAAAAUCUUCAAGAAUUAUGGUGAAAAUGUUAAUUGUGGAGGUAAAGUUGUUAAUUAUGUCGACAGUCUUGUUUGGGUUACACCUGCUGAGCAACGUGAGAGGAGCUGCUGCAGCAUAUCUCAGUUUAAAUUUUAA